GCCACCCUUGUGUCGCGUACAGAGUGUGUCAGUUGUCGUGCCGUGCCCCAUGUAUGACGGCAGAACUCUGAUGGGUGAUAACCAUGACUAAGAACAUAGACAUCUCGACUACUACUUCAGAAGUCGAAGCUGACACUACAGACGCGGCAGCUGAAGUGCUGCAAGACCUUGCAGGCGGUCACAGAUGCCUCUCCUGCAAUUCGGAUUUCGAGAGUAAUGAUCAACUGGUGGAGCACAGCGUUGCCUGUCUGGAGACAUCUAAGACACCUCCUGUGGUAUCCGGUGCAACUGCUACUGAUAACGAGUCAUAUGUUGAAUUACUAUCUGGUUUUGGAAACAGUUGCAUUGUUUGCGGUGCUGCCUUCAAAUCCUGGACUCGACUCCGGAGGCACAUGACAUCACACGACCCGGUUCCCAAUGAUAUGAAGUGGUUCAGUCGCUGUCGCUUGGCGAACGGCACCAUACGGUGUCGUAUCUGCGGCAAGCUCCAGAGAAGCAUGCUCCGUCUUCGCUACCACUACUCCAGCCACGUGCACGCUCAGAUCUUCAGUUGUCCAAAGUGUCCGGGCACCUACAAGACAAGCCGAGAUGUCGUUAACCACUUCAGGAGAGCACACGUUCCGACAUAUAAAUGCAGUCAGUGCAACUUCGCGACUGCCUACUACAAAGUUUUCCGUAGCCACGAACUAAAACAUUCCGGGAUUACACCUAAAGAACGCUGUGAAGCUUGCUUCAAGUUCUUAGAAAAGAAUGUACUUUUACGUCACUAUUACCAACAUACGGGCGAAAAACCCUAUCCGUGCCAACAGUGCGACUCCGGCUUUGUGAUCGCCUCGAGGCUAAAGCGCCAUGUCCGAGAAGUACAUGGGAGCGAAAAACGUACGUCUGACCAUACGGGAUCCAAGAGACGUCGAGUACAGGCACACAGAGAUGCCGUUGGUGACGACGGUCUACCAGGAUUGAAUAAUCGAUGCGUCGUUUGUGGCGAGACAUUCGCCCUGUGGAAUUUACUGCGGGCGCACAUGGCAACACACGAUCCGGCUCCGCAGGAUUCGAGGCUGUUGGACGAGUGCCGCUUGGCGGACGGGACCAUCCAGUGCCUUGUCUGCGGCAAAUUUCAACCAGACAUGGCCCACCUCCGCGGCCAUUAUGCGUGUCACACAGAUGCUCGCAUCUUCACUUGUCCAAAGUGUCCACGUGCUCAGAAGACAAGCAACCAUUUCAUAGCGCACUACAGGAGGGCCCACACUGCGUUCAACCAGACUUAUAAAUGUAGUCAGUGCGACUUCACGACCAUCUACGUGGGAACUUUACGCAACCACGAAUCAAUACAUGCUGGUACAAACAAAGAACGGUGUGAAGCUUGCUUCAAAUUCAUCUCAAAGGAUAAGCUGUUAGUCCACUAUUACCGACAUACGGGUGAGAAACCACAUGCGUGCAUACAAUGCACCUCCGGCUUUGCCACCACCUCAGAGCUAACGCGCCAUAUCCGUCGCGUGCAUGGGAACGAGAAAAGUGCUUCUGGCCAUACGGGACUCAAGAGACGACGAGCACGGGCACGCAGCGAGGAUCUUACGGUCGACGGUCUACCUGGCUUGAAUAAUCAGUGCAUCGUCUGCGGCGAAAAAUUCCCCCUAUGGAAAUUACUGCGGAUGCACAUGAAAACACACGAUCCUGUUCCCCACGACUCCAGAUUGCUGACCGAUUGCCGCUUACCAGACGGGACCAUCCAGUGCCUUGUCUGUGGUAAAAUAAACGGAAGCAUGGCCGAUCUUCGUAUCCAUUAUGCGAGUCACACAAAUGAUCGCAUCUUCGAGUGUCCAAAGUGUCCGCUUGCCCUGAAGACAAGCUCCGUUUUCCUGACGCACUUCAAGACCGCCCACACUACGCUGGCACGGGUCUAUAAAUGUAACCAGUGCGACUUCAAGACUAUCUACGGCCGUCGUCAGUUACGUAUUCAUCAGUUAAAGCAUUCCCGAAUUCCCCAAACAGAGCGGUGUGAGGUCUGCUUCAAGCUCUUCGCAAAGCACACACUUGUACUUCACUAUUACCAGCAUACGGACGAAAAACCGCAUGCAUGCCAGCAGUGCAGUUCCCGCUUCGUCUUGGCCUCACAGCUGAAAAACCAUGUCACACAUGUGCAUGAGAGUAGGACACUUGCUUCUCACAAUGGGAAACCCAAAAGGCGUGCACCACAGGUACGUGCCGAGCUUCUUCCAAGCACCGGCCUUCCAGGCUUACAUAAUCGAUGUAUCGUCUGCGGCAAGACAUUCCUCCUGUGGCAUUUACUGCGGGCACACAUGAGAACACACGAUCCUGUACCCCAGGAUUUGAGAUGGUUCGACGAUUGCCGUUCGGCAAACGGUACCAUCCAAUGUCUCAUCUGCGGUAAAGUCCUAGGAAAAAUGGCCGCUCUCCGCCGCCAUUACCAUGUCCACACGAAUGUUCGUACUUUCAGCUGUCCAAACUGUCCAGGCACCUACAGGACAAGCGGAGAGUUCCUUACUCACUUCAGGAGGGCCCACAGCACGCUCGCUCGUAUCUAUAAAUGUGGCCAGUGCGACUUCAAGACUAUCUACAGCGGUACUUAUCAUGGGCACGUGCGAGAACAUGCUGGCAUUCCUCUAAGAGAACGGUGCGAAGUUUGCUUCAAAGUGUUUUUCAAGAACUCGAUGUUGCAUCACUAUCAUCGACAUACGGGCGAGAAACCGUAUGCGUGCCUACAGUGCAGCUGCCGCUACAUCUGCGUCUCACAGCUAAAACAUCACGUCAAACGCGUGCAUGAGGGAAAGAAACGCGCUGUUAAUCACACUGGGCGCAAUAAGGGACGACGAACCCAAGUGGGACACUCGAAGUAAAGCCCCCGCAUUAUUUCAUCGCGUCCAACUGCCGUGUAUAGGAAGUCACGUCGUGCCCGUCCGCUUGAGCAAGAAACGCAACGAAGAAACGCCAAGACUGCCAGGUGUGCGGAAAGGGGACACGCACUGAGAAGUUGCAGAGUCACCUAACACUCGACACAUGGACGAACCCGCGAAUACCGGCUGCGAGGGACACAUCUACAGCAUAUGAAGCUUCAUUUCUACCGAAAGAAUGCACGUCCGCGUGAGGAGUGGAGUGUACCACAGAGCAUCUUACGUUGUUCCAGCCGUAUGCACCACACACACACACGAAGGUAACACGUGGACGAGAAGCUGGCAAGUGUGCAGUGUGCGAGAGCGCGUUCAAAUGCGAGCACCAGAUAGAGGACCGCACACGAACACGCACAGGGCGGAACGACCCUUCGAGUGUGAGCUCCGUGGAGGAACGCUUGAUUAGAGAUAUUAACUUGACAAUGCACGUGCCAGACAAACAUACGUCAAACUGGACCUUAACGGCGUUGAUUCCACUGGUCAUCACUAAUGGUAGGAGUACAGAUUAUGUUAUUCCGGCAUGUGCAGAAGGAACGGUGUCUCACAAGGUCAAGGAGC